AUAUUGAACUGUUACAAGUUGUAGAAUAACAACAAGAUAUUUCUUGUUUUUGUUUCUUUUUUUUUAGGUAUUAGUUGGUUUCGAGACUUUAGGUAUGAAUCUGAAUAGGUGCUAUGUCAGAACAAAUUUCCAGUUUAGGUAAAACAAGGAAAAAACGCGGCAUUAAAAGGCCGUUGGCUAAAACCCCAUAAGCUAAGCUCCGCCUGAAUAUAGAAAAAAAUUCAAUAGUACAGUAGGGCGGAACGGAAAGAAUUACUUAAAAACUCAAUGCGAGACAGCGCGUAACGCGGAACCGUAAGAGCGAGCGAGACGGGGCGAAUAAGAAAAAAAUUGGAAAGAACCCAUUCUUUUCUAUUUCCUCCCUCACUAAUAGCGGCUUAGAAAAAAUCGUGCCACCCGUCCCGUUCUAACGCAGGGCGGCAAGCGGCCGGGUCGGGCGACAGAGAGGGGCGACCCUCGCUCGGUGCCCUUUUUAAUAGUUGUUAUUUCGUGCGAGGCCCGCUCGGUCACUCGCACGUGGCCGCGUCCGUCUUUUCCUUGACCGGACACAUUUUUCCGCGGAAAAAACGCGGAGCGCGUGCGCCCAGGCUCGGUGGGGAUGUUCUUCGCCGCGUCUAAGGCGCCGGGGGAGCCGGGGGCGGCGCCGCGUCUUGCUAGUUGGAGCGGCGUCUUCGCGAGGCGCGCGCGUCCGCCCCUCCCCGCAAGAAAGCGUCGCGGCGCUAAGUUUUCCACCAAGAAGUUAGUCGUCGCCCGCCCGCGCCUCAAGGAGGUCCGCUACCGCGCUAACCCUCACCCGUUGCAGGUCCGCGCCGCAUGAGCCGACCCACCCGCCCGGACCCUCAAGCUGGAAUUCAUGUUGAAGUACUUCAAUGAGAACAUCUCCCUAGCGCUCCAGGAGAGGUACAGGGACCUCCAUGAGUAUCGCAAGGAGGUAGAGGACUCACCGCGGGAGGCCAAAGUACCGAAAAUAGCGGAGGAGGGCGAGACGGUCGGCGGCGAGGGCGCGUUCGAGGCUAGCGCCGCGCCGCCGUUCCCGCGCCUCCUGGAGCCGCCCAAGGAGGACCCCUCGGACAGCUUCGUGGCCAGCUGGUUGCACAACUCCUUCAAGAUGACGGCAGCCGACGGCGGCGAGGCGGCCAGCGGCAGCGCGCUGGACCUGCGGGCUGCGCCGCUGUCGCUGCACAUCCCGGCGCUGCAGCCCGACGCGCAGCGCGGCUUCAAGAUGGACUUCUGGCCCCGCAGUCGGCCAGCCUCGCCGGAGCCGCCCGCGCCAGCGCCGCCUUCGCCCCCGCCGGCCACGCCGACCGCCAAGCUGCCUGGGGAUAAGCUGGUGCCGGACAUGCAGCAACAACAGCAAUCACCUUCAGCGGACUCGACAAUGAGCGAGCGGUCUCUAGUUCCAUUUGCACUGCCUCCUCAACACUCACCAUCAGGAGAACCGCCGGUGGGCGACCGCAACUCCAUGUUGCCCUUCGCACUGGUAAAUUUCCUGAAUAGCCUCAAUAUCGAUCAACAAGCGAGAUCCGGGCAGAGCAUCAGCGAGCGAACGCUGGAAGAAUGCUGGUCGACACUUCAGCGAAUCUUCAUGCACAAGAACGCAAUGCAAAUGCACGCGCGCGAACUCCAGCGCGGCCUGGGCGGAGAGGUGAAGCCUCACCAGUGCCAGCAGUGCCUCAAGUCGUUCAGCUCUAACCACCAGCUGGUGCAGCAUAUCAGAGUGCACACUGGCGAGAAGCCUUACAAAUGCUCCUACUGCGACCGACGGUUUAAGCAGCUCAGCCAUGUACAGCAACAUACGCGCCUUCAUACAGGUGAACGUCCAUACAAGUGCCAUCUGCCAGAAUGUGGGAGGGCUUUCAUACAGCUGUCCAACCUCCAGCAGCACCUGCGGAACCAUGAUGCCCAGGUAGAGAGAGCCAAGAAUAGACCCUUUCACUGUAAUAUAUGCGGAAAAGGGUUCGCCACUGAAAGUAGCUUGCGAACACAUACGGCCAAGGAGCUUCAGCUGCACCUUGGUGUUUUGCAGCAACAUGCGGCCCUCAUGAUAGGAGGCGCCGCUGCCACUCCUUGCCCAAUAUGCCACAAAGUCGUUUUCGGUGGCGAAGCCCUAGUCGAACAUAUGAAGAACACGCAUAAGGAUCCAAAUGCGUCCGGCGUUGCGAGUCCCCCCGCCACAUCACCGUACCCGGCGCAAGCUAAACCACCUGUUGAUCCUUAUAUAGCGAAGCGGAGGACUGCGAACCACCCCUGCCCGGUUUGUGGGAAGCAUUACGUCAACGAAGGUUCCCUCAGGAAGCACCUCGCCUGCCACCCUGAGACCCAGCUGACGAGUGGACUCCGAAUGUGGCCGUGUUCUGUGUGCCAAGCUGUGUUCACUCAUGAAAGUGGUCUCCUGUCCCACAUGGAGCAUAUGAGAAUGGAGCCGAAACACCAGUUCGCCGCGCAGUACGUGCUCUCCCGAGCCGCGGCGGAGAGACGGGAGAGAGACAUCCUAGCCGCUGUAUCCGCGUCCGCCGGAGGAUCCGGCCUCCUCAAUUUAGCUCCUCCAUCACCAGCGCACUCGGACUCUUCAUCCAACGGCCGGCUCUCAUCAUCAGCUGGCUCCGAAGCUGGCACUGCGGUGAACAAACUCUCCGAUCUCCUCCGAUCAGCAAACAACGGGCAUCAAGCAUAUGGAGACGAAAGGGUGGCAGCGAUAGCAGCAGCCGCUGCCAACAUGAUGGCUCAGCCAGGAGAAGGAGCCAACGCUGUGCAAGUCGCCGCUGCGAAUUUAGUUACAGCCAUGCGCCAGCAGCUAGCGAGGGAACCACCCGCGCAACCACCUCCAGAAACACCACCGGUGGCCACCGAAGCGGCGCUGAGAAUCCAACAAGCGGAAGCUUUGCUGCGAAGUCAGGCUGAAGCGUUGCGGCUAGCGGUUUCCCAGGCAGCAGCGGCCCACAGCAACGAGAGCCCGAGCCCCUUGAGACACAACGGAGGCUUUCCGCCAGCGAACGACGCGAGCGGACAACUAUCGCCAGAACUAGUCGAGGCUUUCAGAAUUGCACAGGAACAGCGGUUAGAGCAAGCUCUGAGGUUGCACGAUCCGAGGAUGCUCGGAUUCAAUCUGCCGUCGCCGGUCCAACAAGCGGCGCAACAGGCCGUCGCCGCUCAAGCAGCGCAAGCGGCUCAAGCGGCUCAAGCGCAGGCUCAGGCCGCUCAAGCAGCUCAGGCCGCUCAGGCUGCGCAGGCGGCUCAGCAAGUGGUCCAGCAGCAGCAGCAAAUGCACCAAGCGGCUCAAGCGGCGCAAGCGGCUCAAGCAGCUCAACACGCUGCCCAGCAAGCGGCGCAGCAAGCGGUCCACCUCCAACAGAACCCUCAGCCAUGAAAAUUCAGCUAUUACUAAUCCGACGCGAUUUCGGCUCUUCGACUUUUGUUAGCAAAAAAACCAAUUAUCAAACCGAUUUUGAGUUAUUAACUACUUUCGUGAUGUGGAAAAUUCAUUAUUUUCAACGGAGCGUGUUAAGAAAUCGCCUCUGAUUAGUGAUUGAGUUGUUACAACAGCCACGUUUUUUUGUAUGGUGUAACGUUUUUUUCGUUUUUUACGUUGGCCGAAUAAAUAAUGAAACUUUAGAUAGAACUAACUGUUGUAAAUAAAAAACGUUUAGUGGAAGGUGAAAAAAAAUAAAUUUCUCUGUAAAUAUAAUAAAAAGUACCUUUUAAAAAUAGUUGAAUGAACAAAUUGGAACAGAAACUCGCCCGAACAAAUUAAUAAUUAGAUUUAGAUAGGAUUGCCACAAGUCCUAGUUUUUUUUUUGUGACAAUUCUGAAGGGUAGGAUUUGAGAAGAAAACUAUAAUAAUUUAAAAUAUGUUUCUUUUAAAUAAUAUCUAAAACCUUUUAUUUAAACUGGAAAUUAGAAGCUAAAAAUAAAAACCUUGAUAAAAUUUAUGGAAAUUGUGAUUUUAAUUAUGUCUUUUUUGGAUAGUAGGCAUAGUUUAGGAGUGUUUAAGCUAUCCUGUCAAAAAACUCGGACAUGGCAACCCUAGACGUAGAGGAUAUUAAAUGAUAAUAAUCUGUGCAAUCUUCAAUAAACAUUUGUUUGGUUGUUUGAGUGAAUUUAUUAUUGUGGAAUAAAAAUAUUUAUUUUUUAUUAGCUUUAUCACAGAACAAUGUAUUUUUUAGCUUAGUACAAACUUUUGGAUGUGCCAAACGGUUUUAAGCACGUUUUUUCGCAUUUAGCGAACCCUUGCAAUACUUAGAUGCAUUAAGUUCCCAAUAUAUUAUUAUUCUUUAGAAAAAUUCUAUAAAAUAAGAUAUUAACGUCACGGCUGCCGUGAAAUAUAAAAUAAAUCUACAUUUUACUCUUUAUUAUAAGUUAUUUGUUAUAUUUUAUUAACAAAACAAAUAAUUUUUAGUAAAAUUUUUGCCGUGACGAUAUUAUUUUAUCUGUUUUUUGUUUUGCAAUAACACUUCUCAUGCUAGUCAAGUUUUGAACGCACAAAAUGUUCUAUUUUAUGUUCAUUUUCCAAAUUAUUUUUACUUUAUUUUAAAUUUUGUUUUCCAUAUUUUUAUUAUUAAUUUUUGUUCUUGGCUUAUAAUUUUAUUUUUUUAAUGCCAUAUUAGUAAUAAUUAUUGUAAAUACGUAGACGCGUUAGAACAAUGUUGAUGCUUCUGUUUUAUUUUAAUAUAACAAUAUUAUUUUAUUAAUAUGUUUAACGUAAGAUUUAUUAAUUUUGACGGAAAAAUCAAAUUAUUUACACUACGAUUUUUUUGUAUAGUUGUAAAUAAAAAAAAAAUAUAUUGACGAAUUAUGUUUUUUGUCAGAAGACUGCAGUUAUUUUUUCUUUUACUUUUCUGUAAAUACGUGAUUGUUUUGUAAUGAUCAUGGUAUAUAUCAAAAUAGCGAUUAUUCACUGAACCAACGAAUACGCGAGGCGUCUGCCGACGAAUACCGAAUAGGACAGUCGAAUACCGAGACCUUUUUCGACGAAUACAGUCUUGAAUGUACGAUUAACACGAGACAUUCUUUUUUUAAGCACGGACUUUGACACAGCCCAAAUACAUUCAUAUUUAUUUUGAUUUCUUCAAUACAUUUAAUAAUACUUAAACAAUAGCCCGAAUAAUAAUCAUUUUUACAAUGAACAAAGUAUUACGCUUUUGCCAACAGCGUAAUAAUGGUAUACAGUUGCCCAAACAGUAGUUUUAUAGUUCAAAAAAGUUGCAAAAUCGCUUCAAUUUUUACAAAAACAAAAAAAUCUAAAGAAAAAAUGAAGCGAUCUUGCAAUUUCAAUAAGAAUGUCAAGUGUUGCCGAAUAUUAAUUCUUUUAAUAUUAUCAUCUUGUAUUAUAAUUAAGUAUCGAUUUGUGCGUACAAAUACGUCUGUAUACGGGUUUGGCUCACGAAUACAUCUGUGUACACAAAUACGUGUAGGUGUGUUAUCCCACGAAUACCGUACACGAAUUUGUUCGUACGAAUCGAGUUAUACUAUAAUCGUAACAUAGGUAAUGUAUUGUAAGCUGAUUUUAAUGUACGUAAUGAUUUCAUUCUUGAAUUAAUAUUGGUAUCUCAACGGCAAUGGACAUACGUGAAGUUGCCGUCACGGGGUGUCAAUGUACAUAGAAAAAAAAUCACAUGCAAUAGCCCAAAACUCGUUUUUACGUUAACGUCUUGAGAUUUUGUUAACGAAGGUGAAUAUUUUCGAAAAUAUUUUUUUCAAUGUUACAAGUAUUUAAUUUAUGAAAUACAAAACUUUUCGGCGAUUUUAUUGUUAUAAUUUGGUGUGGAAUGGACAGUUUUUCGUGUAAGGUUACCCGAUGAUGAUUAAGUUUUCUAGGAAACGUGAGAAAAAUCACACUCAUUUGGACGCAAAACAAACUUUUUCGACUGAAUAUAUUAUUGUUAUAUUAUACACACACAAAACGAAAAAAAAUGACGGAAAUUUCGAACCAUCGCAAAUGAACAAAAAAAAAAACAAAUUAAGUGGACGGAUCGCUAUUUAUGUAAAAAGAUAAAAAAAUCCUCAAUAAAUUUUAAUAAUAUAUAAAUAAAUUUAAUAUAACAACAGAAAAAAGUUCCUAUGAAUAUUGUAUAAAUUGUAUUGUUUUAAAUUUAGGUGGUAGUAGAUGGAAAAAUUUAUGGUCGUUUUGGUAUUUUUAAAGUUAUAAAUAAUCCAUCGUGUUUAAGGAACUGACUCGCUAGUGGCGAGUUGUACAAAAGAUAAAAAAGCACGGAUCAUGUAUCCUAAAUCUAGAUUUUUAGAGCAAGAGUUACGUUUCCAAGAAAGUGUUCAUGUCUUUGGACUGGCUCAGAUCUUAGUGCCGCCCUCUGUAUGUUCUUGGUGCAGUAUUCAUGAUAAAAACACCAAAAUUCAUAAUAAAAUACACAAAUAUUUUUUACGUGACAACGUUUUAUAAUUCGAUGGAGCCGACUGCACACUCGAAAAAAGAUGACGUCAUACGUUGUUCCCUCGUUCUAGGGUUGCCAACUUUUUUUACAUGAAAUAAAGUAUAUUCUGGUCUAUGAAGAUUAUUAAACAGUAUUUUAGAAAAACGAACAUUUUCUUUUGAAAAAUGCAACAAUUCCAUCAGUAUUUUCUCAUGACGUUGUCACGUUCAACUAUCGUCAGUAACCGACUUUACAGACAACCGAUUUUUUUUGUUGUAAAAAACUAAUGUUUUUCAUCUUAUUUAGGCAAAAUCAGGGUAAAUGUACUUUGAUAUUUAAAAUUAUGUAAUAUUUAAUUUUAACUAAAAAUAACAAAAACUGUUUGUAUAACAAAAUUCCAAACUUCAGUUUAUUUAUAUUAGGUAAAAAUUAGAAUUUUAAUAAAAAUAUUUCAAAUAAAAUAUUUAAACAGAAAACUGUAAGAGAUAAAUAACAAAUAAAAUUAUGAAUACUUCUCCAGUUUAAUAGAUCGCGAUGUAACCUAAAAUCUGAGUCGUCCCUUAUUGUCCACAUUUUUGUCACACACGAAGUUAUUGUAAAAAAAAUCAAGUAUUUUCGAGAUAAUAAAAUUUUAAAUAAUAGAUAAGAGUUUUUUUGAAAACUGUCAAAAUGUUAAUAUUAGGAAUCUGCGUGUGCCGACAAAAAUGUGGACCCAAACGUAUUUUCUGUGAUCAUCGAAAUGGGAUAGUUAAUUAAAAAAAAAAACAGGUCGAGUCUGAGAGUUGUCAGAGGUUAUUUUUAAGUUUUGGAGGUUAAAUUUUUUAAUGUUAAAAGGAAAAUAAGGAAAGAAAAUUUUUUCUACAUUUAUUUUACGAUGAGAAUUCCAUAGUUAAGCUGUGUACAUUUAAUAUUAACAAUAAAGCCUAAUUAACAGUAAAGGUGGCGUAAAGCCGCCUGCAAACGUUGUUAAGGAAAAAUAUAAUUGACUUUUUCUAUAACAAUUAAAUUUUUCCUUUACAUUUUAGUAUCAAUAGUACAGGAUUCUGUUAAUGUCACAAUGCGAUACGGAAAACCGUUAUUUGAUACGAGUUUUCAAUUUUCAAAAUGCGCUGUUGGUAUGUUUCUAUUGAGGAAUGGAUAUGACACUUACAAAUAAUAUGUUGUAGUUUAAUUGGCACUUAAUGUUUACAAUUUAAUAAUUGUUUUACCAAUUUUGUUACUAGGAAUAUAAGUUGACAGCCAUUACAACUGAAUAACAUUCGUUGACGUCAUACAAUUAUUAAUUGUCACAAUAAGGAACAGUGAGAGUCAGUGAGAUAUACUAAAAUAUUUUUUAUUAAAAGUAAAAAUACAUGUUUCGGACAAACAAAAAUUAAGUACUUAAAAAAUAUUAUCAUUACACACAGAAAUUAAUGACUACUUAUUUUAUAAUAAAUAUAAAAACUUUGUCAAAAUACUUAGUUCCCAAAAAUAUAAAAUACAAAAAAUAAUUAUAGUUCUCACAUUAUUGGAUAUUCAGUAUGACGUACGCAAAAUAUUUCCAGUUGUUUUGUUUUCCAAAAAAAUACCUAGAUAAAAUCUAAUAUUUUUUGUGGAAAAAAACAUGGAAAACUACAACAGAACACGGGGGAUUCUAUGAUUAUUUUUAUCAAAAGGAAUCGUUGAAUUUUGUGAAAAAUAAUUUUAGCGCAUCGACAAUUUGACAAUAAUGGCGUAUUAAUUUUGACACUAUAGUCGUAGAAUAACCCCACACAUGUCGCGUUUUCAACUUGCGAUUACAUUACAUUUUUUAUUUCAAGUUAAAAUACAUUAAGGAGUCUGCAUGUUAAAUUCUUAAUAAAAAUAAAUCACACAUUUAAUUUGACACCGCGAGAAUUUAGCGUGCAGGCCGCCUAAUGUAGAAUUGUUAAGUUUUUAACAAUGAAUUGCUGUUGAUUUGAAUUACUCAUCCUUAUUAAAUGUUAAAGUUAUAAUUUUCCCGCUUCAUCGUUUCUGUUGAUAUUAUCGGCUUGUUUUAACAAUAUUUAGCCAAAUAUACAUUUAUUAAUCGUAACUUAAGUAUAGACAGGAUAGCCAGGUUUUCAAUUCAUAACUCAAAUAGUAGUAAUUUCAUAUAUCUUAUAUUGUAAGUUAGCAUAAUUAAUGUAAUGUAAUUCAGGACUCUUUUAUAAAAUUACAAGGGAGAAAAAAAUAGAAAGGAGUAUUUUUUAUAAUCGGGUCCGUGAGUGAUGUGUAUUGAGCAUAAAAUAUCAAGAUUCCGAAAUGCUUAGUCCACAUUGCUAACAAAAUGUAGUGAACAACGAAGAAAAAUACAUAAAUACCAAAAAAAAAUAAUUGUACCUAAAAGUACUUAAAUGUAAUAGAUAAUGGAUCUCUUCUAUAUUGGUGUUUACAGGAUACUUUUUUCCAACAUGUUAUGUGUCAUAUCCAUUUUGAAAUAAAGACGUUUUCGGAUUUAAUAUUACAUUAGACGGAAAAUAAUAUUUAUUCCAUUCAAAACCAUCAAAUAAAUUAAUUUUGUUUUUUUUUUAUUUGAAAGGAUAUGGGAACUUUUAGUUCUUAUAAAGUGUUUCCUUUAAAAAAAAAAUUAAAAAAAAAAAGUUCUUUUUAAUUUUUUAAAAAAUAUCGCAGCGUAAACAAAAACAAAAUUAAUAAUUUUGAUCUUGAAAAAUAUAAUGAAAUAUUAAAAUUUAGGUAGCAUUAUUUUUAAUGUUAACUAUAAAAUAUAACAUCCAAAUUACCAACAAAAAUAUUUUUGUGUUUUGAUUACAUUAUGUAAUGCUAUAUUCCGGCUUACCUUCAACUAAACUUAAACUGUUGAUAUUUUAUCUCAGGGGUCUACAUGAAUUAUGCACAUUUCAUAAACCAUUAUUUUCUCUGAUAAUACGAAAUUGAAAAAAAAAUCCAAAAUCCUAAUUUUCACAAACCCUGAAUUAAAAUAUCGAUAAAGAAACGAUCGUUAUUUUUAAUUAAUUAAUUUAUAAUAUCAAAAAUAAACCAACAGCGCAUUAGUUUGUCUAUACAAUUACUCAGUAAUGUCACGUAGGCAUUUACACGUUGUAAGCACAGUCCCAUAAAGCUGUACGUCCACUGGUUCGCGCACCAACAGUGCUAAACAUCUUCAUUUGAUUCUUCAAAGGCACCGCAAAGAUAAAGAAUGACUUUUCAGUUUAUUUAUCACCUAUGAUGUGGGUGAUUAUCAGAAAAUGAGAUUUACAGAGAAAUAGAGCCUUAACAGUUAUUUUUUUGUGUCAAGUCUAGUACUUCUACUUUUAAUCAACCAUUUCGAUUCACUACAAAUGUCCUAAAGAAGACUCGUUAAAUAUUAUGAACAAUUAUUAAUCUCAGUCAAGCUGAGGACCUAUAAUCUAGUAUUCGGAACUCACAAAAAAAAUAAAAACAGGCAACUUAGAAGUUUCUUCUUUUAGAAAAAGUUUAAAAUUGCAGUAAUCAAAGUUAAAUUGGUUACUAAAAAAAAUGAAUAAAUUUACAUUUAACCGUGACAUUUCCACUCUAACCAAGUCUAAAAAAUUAAAACAUGCACGUUUCUAACCGUGACAUAUCCACUCUAACCAAGUCUAAAAAGUUUACGUCAAGUACCUCAAUGUUGGAUGAAAGCCGUAACUCUUUGUUCUCCUUUUCACUAUUUUAAGCUUCAUGUGUUGUAUUUAAACUUCGAAUCACCAAGAUUACAUUAUAUCUUAUUUUCAGUACCUACCUAAUUACAAAAUUUUUGGUAUCUCUACCUAAUGUAGGCACUACACACAAACAUAGUUGCGCGAACAUAGUGGACACACAGCUUUAAGUAAAUUCUUAAUUCUCUGUGAUAUUGAAAUCAUACUUUAAUUUUGACGUCAAAACGCAAUUGCAAACGUCAAAUUUUUAAUAUCAUAGAGAUACCAAUCACAUCGAUCAUAAUAGGUAUUAACGAAAAAAUUAUACUUUUACAACAUUUUUCUAUUAUACUGUGCUUAUUUAUAUUUAUAUAUACACAAAAAAUGCAUUAUAUUUUUCCCCAAUCGGUGAAUUCUAGUCUUAUUUUUUUAUGAAAUUUGUAAUCCUUUAUACCACUAUUGUCGUGUUUUAAUGAUGAAAAUGGAUAAUAAUGGAGUGGGUGCAUUUGUAAACCACGCCACGAUAUGCUACGUCAUGCCACGAUAUACAAUGCCACGCCACGAUUUACUAUGCGACGCCAUGUGUGAUUAACUUUAGCAUAGCAUGGCUUCGAGCGAGGUUUACAAAGAUAACACCAAGUAAUAUUUGUGUAUUUGGAAAAUGCGAAAAUAAUACAUGCGAACACUUUUUGGAUAAAACAAAAAUUGUAUAUUAAAUGUUGUGGUAUCGCAUUAAUUGUAAAUUAAAAAUUCAAAAUUAAGUACCUAACUAUAUUUCGGCGUAUGGAAAUUGUAAAAUUCAAAAAUGUUUAGGCUGUAGUAGUAUAAAAAGUUAGGUAGAAGUCAAAAUUCAAGUUUGGCGUUGUAUUUUACGGUUAUUAAAGAAUAAAAAUUAACAAAAUGUAAAUAAUAAAAGUUUUAGGAAUGUGAUGUGAAGGUAUCAUAUUGUACCUAAUCGGUGUUUUAACCUACGUUUAGGUAACCUACGUCAUACAAUACGUACCUAAGUCACGAGACAAAUACUAAACAAAUGAUAGAAGUCCAUAGUAUAUCACGACAUUCUACUAUGUUUUUGAUUUCGUAUUUUUGUAUAGCGUUAUUUAACAAGUAGUUAUGUUAAAUUAAAUGUAAUUUUUCAUAGUUGCGUUAAUUUUUUUGCGAUGCCAUGUUUUAAUGAUUAUUUUUUUAGUGUAAGCUGCAAUGUGUUUAUUAAAUAUUAUUAUAUUUUUAUAGAGGUUAUUAUUAUUAUUAUUAUUAUUUUUUGUAUUCUACUAGUAGUCAAUGAUACGAAUAUGUAUUUAAUAGUUAAGUUUUAGUGUUGAAUUAUGUUACGCAAUAUUUUUUAAUUUACUACUUUUACUGAACAAAAAAUUAACCCAUUAAUUUGUAACGUUAAAAUUAAUUUUAACAACGGAAAAUGCUUACUGUGUCAUUAAAAUGAGAAUAGUAACUAUUAUUGCCGAAACGGUUAGCUAUAAUUAUUUUAAAAAAUAAAAAGGACGAUUCAUA